AUGUUAUGCAAGAUUACAGUUUUAGGGGAUGGAGGAGUGGGUAAGACGGCAUUAACUGUUCAAUUCACCAUGUCUUCAUUUGUCGAAACAUACGAUCCAACGAUAGAAGAUUGUUAUCGUAAACAAUGGGUAGUGGAUGAUCAACCUUGCUUGUUAGAGGUUUUAGAUACUGCUGGACAAGAAGAAUAUACGGCGUUAAGAGAUCAAUGGAUUCGUGACGGCGAAGGUUUUCUAGUAGUCUACUCAAUCUGUUCAAGAUCCACAUUCGAUCGCGUAGAACGUAUAGUCCAACGUAUCCUACGAGUCAAAGACGAAACACUCAAUCCCACUCAAUUCUCAAAUCCACAACGAUCCGUCCGAGUACCAGUAGUGAUAGUAGGUAACAAACGUGAUCAGUUCGCCUUUCGAGAAGUGUCCACCGAAGAGGGUCAGAGGUUGGCCAUGCGAUUGGGAUGUGAUUUCUACGAGGCGAGCGCGAGGACGAAUGCGAAUGUUGAACCUGCUUUCAAAAGCUGUGUUAGGGGUAUUAUACAGGGUCGAAGGGGAUCU